CAAUUGGACAUGUCUCUCUAGAUUAGAUUGGACAAUACUUCUUUUUGUGUUCCAUGUAAAACGGAGUAGUCCAAUAUCUUAGCUAAUCUUGGUUUAUAGACCAUUUGAAUUUGCUUUAGUUUUUUCCAGAAUUGGAUAGCAGAUAUGGCUGCCUACUUGAAACAUAUUGAUCCUAAUCAUCUGCUAGAAGUUGGGCUCGAAGGCUUUUAUGGUCCAUCAAAUGCCAACAAAAAUCAGGGAGUGUCUUUUUAUGAAGUGGGGACUGACUUCAUUACCAAUAAUCAAAACUCUCUCAUCGAUUUCGCCACUAUCCAUGCUUAUCCAAGCACAUGGUUGGAGAAUGGAUCAAGUGAUGAAGAACAAGUGGAAUUUCUGAGAAAAUGGAUUGAAGUCCACAUCGAUGACGCACAGAACACUCUGAAGAAACCUAUGCUCUUAGCCGAGUUUGGGAAGAGUGACAAAGAUUCCGGGUUCACCGUCGCAAAGAGGGACAUUCUGAUGAGAACCGCUUACGCAGCCGUAUACUCAUCCGCCCAGGCCGGCGGUGCGGCGGCCGGCAGCUUGUUCUGGCAAAUUAUGACAGAAGGUGCGGAGGAUUUCGAGGAUGGGUAUGAGAUCUUCCUCAGCCGGACCUCCUCCACGACUGAUAUCAUAUUUGAAGAGUCACAGAGGCUCGCCAAGCUUCGUGGAAUGUAUGCCAGGCUUGAAAACGUAAAGGAGUGGAAGAAUAAGAAUAAGAAUAAGAAUAAGAAUAAGAAUAAGAAUAAGAAUAAGAAUAAGAAUAAGAAUAAGAAUAAGAAUAAGGGGGCGUCCGCUAGAGAAAUCCAUGGAAAUGGCAACGGCAAUUGAUCGGAGAAGAAGAAACUCAUAAACAACAAAUUCUACCACUAUAAUUAAUUAAAUUAAAG